UGUUAAUUUUUCAAUUAAAUUAAUCAAUUAAUUGUUUUUUUUUUCAUUAUUAUCCAAACAGGUCAUUUCGUGUAAAUCGUCUACCAAAAAAUCGUUUUCUGUCACAUAAAUAUUGCAUUAAUUCCCAGUUUAUAUUUUUAAGUCUGUCUACUAAGAUUUAUACAAAUUGGCAUGGCAUAGGACAGAGAUGAAAGAAAAUAGGCAAUUUGUUGACUUUGGUAAUGGUGGCUUAGGUGUUAUAGAUAUAAAAUGAUUCCAAGAAUACAGAUAAUCAAAUAAUAUUAUUUAAUUCCUCAAAGCUUUCCCCACAGAUAGUGAAAUAUCAGGGGAGAGAGAGAGAGAGAGUGGAGAAAUGGCUGGAGGAUUUGUGGGUGGAGGAGUAUCUGAAAGGGCUCAUCUUUAUGAGUAUAGAAUAACUGGAUAUUUCAUCUAUGCUUGCAUUGUUGCAGCUCUUGGAGGCUCUCUUUUUGGCUAUGAUCUUGGUGUUUCAGGUGGAGUGACUUCCAUGGACGAUUUCUUGAAAGAGUUUUUCCCAAAAGUGUAUAGAAGGAAGCAACUGCAUUUGAAAGAAACAGAUUAUUGUAAAUAUGAUAAUCAGAUUCUGACUCUGUUUACUUCCUCCUUGUACUUUGCUGGGCUUGUUUCUACUUUUGCUGCCUCUUAUGUUACUAGAAACAAAGGCAGGCGAGCUAGCAUCAUCGUUGGAUCAAUCAGCUUCUUCAUAGGAGCGAUCCUAAAUGCAUCUGCGGUUAACAUUGCCAUGUUGAUCCUAGGAAGAAUCUUCCUUGGAAUCGGCAUUGGAUUUGGCAAUCAAGCAGUUCCCUUGUACCUAUCAGAAAUGGCUCCUGCGAAAAUUCGUGGAGCAGUUAACCAACUAUUUCAGCUGACAACCUGCCUAGGAAUCCUAGUAGCAAACUUAAUAAACUAUGGAACUGAAAAGAUCCAUCCGUGGGGCUGGAGAUUAUCACUUGGUUUGGCUACAGUUCCAGCUACUCUUAUGUUCAUUGGGGGUCUCUUCCUUCCUGAGACACCAAACAGUCUUGUAGAACAAGGCAGAUUAGAUGAAGGAAGAAAAGUUCUUGAGAAAGUUAGAGGAACUACAAAAGUUGAUGCCGAGUUUGCUGAUUUGAUCGAUGCCAGCAAUGCAGCAAGAGCUAUAAAGCACCCUUUCAGGAAUCUCCUUCAAAGGAAAAACCGUCCUCAGUUGGUUCUUGGGGCUCUGGGAAUUCCUGCCUUCCAACAGCUCACUGGCAUGAAUUCCAUACUCUUCUACGCUCCUGUUAUAUUUCAGAGCUUGGGUUUUGGUUCAGGUGCAUCUCUGUAUUCCUCUGUCAUCACCAGUGUAGCCCUUGUUGUUGCCACAUUCAUUUCGAUGGGAUUCGUUGACAAGUUUGGCAGAAGAGCUUUCUUCUUGGAAGCUGGUUGUGAAAUGAUAUGCUGCUUGAUUGCUGUGGCCAUAACUCUAGCUCUGAAAUUCGGACAAGGAGAGAUUCUUCCCAAGGGAAUUGGAAUUUUCCUUGUUAUUCUGAUCUUUCAAUUCGUUCUGUGUUACGGAAGGUCUUGGGGCCCUCUGGGGUGGCUAGUUCCGAGUGAGCUCUUCCCCUUGGAAACAAGAUCAGCUGGACAAAGUGUGGUGGUGUGUGUCAACCUAUUCUUCACAGCUCUUAUAGCACAGUGUUUCCUUGUAUCUCUUUGCCAUCUUCAAUAUGGGAUCUUUCUGCUAUUUGCUGGUUUGAUAUUCAUUAUGAGCAGCUUCAUCUAUUUCCUCUUGCCUGAAACAAAGCAAGUUCCUAUUGAAGAGAUUUAUCUUUUGUUCCAAAACCACUGGUUUUGGAAAAGAUAUGUAAACGAUGGGGACGAAGUUGGACAUAAUGUGAUGCCUGGAAAAGUUGAUGGGAAGUAAACUAAGAACACGAGUUUAGCAUUUUAAUAAAUAUUUCCAAAUUUGUUGCCUAUACUUAUUUUGUUUGUAAGUUGUACAAAUAUUUAUGAAAGAAGCUUACCAUUGAUGCCUGCCUA